AUGGCAAACUCAGGACAACACAUACAGCAGGUCCCCCAACAUGUCACUGCGCUGCUCUCGCACCUCACCUCGCGCCCGGGCGUGCAAUCUACCUUGAUUCUCUCCCGCAAAGACGGAUCCAUCAUCCAAAGCACAGGACAGCUAGCACAAACAACCGAAGAGAAUGGAAGCUCUCGCACCGCACACAAUACCCCAUCCACAACCGACUCGAUCCCUCUCUCUACCGCCCAAUCCACGGACUCAUCCCCUACCUCGCCCACCGUGCCACAGCCCUACCAACCCUCGCAAGCCGAGACACUAGCUGCACACAUCUUCGCGUAUGUCUCCAGCGCCGAGGCACUUGGUGUCUCGCUAUCGCGACCCACGCCCACUGUGCAGCGACCCAGCGACAACCAUUGGGAUGUUAACUACGACUACGGGACCGAGGCGGGCACAGCACGUGAGGAGGACCGGGACGGCGAUGAUAUCGAUCGGGAUGAGGAUGGGGAAGUGAAGCUGCUGAGAAUGCGCACAAAGAAACAUGAGAUUGUUGUUGUGCCGGAUCGGAAAUACCUGCUGUGUGUCGUACAUGAUGCCGCCCCCGGUGGAGGGCCUGGGCCGGCGGGCUCGCGCUCCCGGUAG